UUUGAUGCUCCCUUUCUCUUCUUUUUCUUCUUCUUUAUUUUCCGUUAUAUCUCUCGCCGUUACGAUACAAAGUAAGAUUUUCCUGUCUCCAUCGGUGCCAUGAGCUUCACUCCCUCUUGUUUCUCCCCACAAUUCCCUUCUCUCGAUAUAAAGGAAAGUGGAGUUCCUCUGAGGCGGCGGAGCUGGGAGUCGGGACUCGACGGUGGUGGAAUGGACAUGGACAUCCUCCGGCAACCGAAUGCUGUGGAAUUGGACGUCGAUUUCUUCUGGCCCGUCGAACAUCCCGUGGAACCUCAAGAUGAAGAUCGGCCUGUGAAAUGCCCCAUGUCUGCUUCUUCUUCUUCCAUGGGUGUACGUGACACUUUUACUUUGCAAUCAUUGGGUGGAAAAGCGCACGAAGAAAGGGUCGCAGCAGAGAGUUCGUGGAAGAGAUCGGAGCAACCGAAGAUGGUGAAUAACAGAAAUGUGGCAGUGACGGCGGCGGAGCCACCGGUAAGAGCGAUACGUAAAAGGCAUCACAUGCUCACCUGUGACAACAACGUAUCGGCGGAGCCUCUUAUCGGAAAGCAUGCUCCUCCUCCAAUUCCACCAUCUCAGACUCUUGUCAUUUCUCAAAUGCUUAAGCAAUUCGACCAAGAUUAAAUCAUUCGAAAAGGAAAAUAGCGAUCUCUUUUUUCCCCCAAUCUUGUAAUGUUUUAGUUUCAAAUGCACUUGGAGAGCUGAGAAAAAUUGAAACUUUUCCUGGGAAAAUCCUUGAAAAAUGAUAAUGUAGCCCAGGCUUCGUAAUGCAGUACCAGCAUAUUGAGAUCCAUUACGUAUAUUAUCUAUAUUUGAAGUUU